CCUUUUUCUCUUUUAUUCUAUUUUAUUCCCACUGGUUUUCUGAAUUCUCGAAGCCUCAGUACUCUUUUCCUCGAUUCUUGGGACAGGUUUCUAGCAUUUAUGGCUAUUGAAAGAGAGAAAGAUUCAGAAGCAUAUGUGUGUUUAUGCUUAUAGUGAAAUCAACUGUGGUUGCUUUCUAUUUUUCACUUUCAGUAAAUAGCAGUUUGAGAGAGCACUUAUAUGAGAGCUAUUGAUGGAAGUUUUAAGCCCCAAAGAUAGUUCAGUGGCUUCAAGUCCUUUCUCUUCACCUAACAUAGGAGCCUUGCUCAAGAUUAAGGUUAUUUCAUGGAGCCAAGAGACUGGCUUCCCUGUUUGUGUUCGUGUUCGAGUUGGUGAUAGAAUAUUCAACCUGCACAAGAACCCACUUUCUUCGAAGAGUGGAUACUUCCAGAAAAGAUUAAAUGACUCAACCGAUCUUGAGCUACCACAAGAUUUCCCUGGAGGAUCAGAUACCUUUGAGAUGAUUGCGUUAUUCAUCUAUGGUUCAUCCACAUUUAUUGACCCUUUCAAUGUAGCAGCAUUGCGAUGUGCAGCAGAGUUUCUUGAGAUGACAGAAGAUUACUGCUCCGGUAAUCUCUGUGAGCGGUUUGACCUCUAUUUGAACCAAGUGGUUCUGCAAAGUUGGGAUGACACCCUAAUUGUACUCCAAAAGUGCCAAACAUUGCUUCCCUGGUCUGAGGAGUUGCUACUCGUGAGCCGCUGCAUUGAAUCACUUGCCUUCAUGGCUUGUAUGGAGAUUCUUGACCCAGAGAGGAGACGGGACCAACCCGUAGUCACAUUGGAGGCAUUGGCUAGCCAAGCUUGGAGCUGUGAAACAGUGAAGGAGAUGGUGAGCCAGGACCUCUGGAUCAAGGAUCUGAUUGCUUUACCGUUUGUAUUCUUCAAAAGAAUAAUAGGAUCCUUGAGAAGACAAGGUAUGAAAGAAAAAUAUGUCAGUCCCAUCAUUGUUUUCUACACAAACAAAUGGGUACUCUCCAAGAAGACACACCAAUUUUGGGAGAACUCCGCUGAGAGAAUUGGGGAUGAUGACACAAAUAAGAAAGUUGCAGCAAUCCUGCAAGGUUUGAUUGAUCUGCUGCCCAUGGGGGAGAAAGCUAGUAGAGUGAUUCCUGUUGGGUUUUACUUUGCAUUGCUUUCUAGAUCCCUUGAAGUUGGUUUGAGAAGUGAUAAGUUGCAAGAUCAGAUUGCAUCUAUGUUGCACUUUGCUCAAGUGGAAGAUUUUUUCCACCCAAAAAUGGGAAUUGAGUCAAUUUCUAGCAUAGAGUUGGCUACAAUGGAGAGCAUAAUUUCAUUAUAUGUAUCAUCUAACUCAGACAUGAUUCAUACUCCUUCAACAAGAAACUCAAUCGUUGCAGAAUUAUGGGAUGCAUAUCUCUCUCAUAUAGCUCCUGAUCCAGACAUGGGGCCUAAAAGAUACAUGGAACUCAUUGAAAGAGUACCAAUCUCUUGGAGAUACAACCACGAUCAACUGUACAGAGCAAUGGACACCUUCCUACAGUCACACCCAGGCAUAUCACAAGAAGAGAAGGGGACAGUCUGCAGAUAUCUCAACUGCCAAAAGCUAUCACAAGAGGCAUGCAUUGAGGCUGUUCAAAAUGAAUUGAUGCCACUGCGAUUGAUUGUCCAGGCACUUUUUGUUCAGCAACUUAAUACACACCAAGCUUUCAAAGAAUGCUCAGACUCAUUUAGGCAUGCACACUGCGGGGAGUUCUCUGGAAGCCUCUCAAGCUCUAGGUGUCCAAACUCCAAAAGCCAGAAUCUAGGCGAGAGCCCAUACACAGAUGGAGCAGAGCCAGGCGGUAGACCCUUGAGCUUCUUGUUACAAAAAGACCUCGCAAUGCAGAGACCUGACUUCUCAAGACAGGAAUAUGAGUCCACAAGCUUCAGAAUUCAAACUCUUGAACAAGAGCUCAUGUCCAUGAAGAGGACUCUUCAAUGGCAGAAUAUUUCAAAAAGAACAGAACCAAUUUCAACCAAAGCACAGGGCACAAAACCAUAUGGUAUGGAAAGUAGAUCUCUAAGCAAAAAGAGGAACCCUUUAGGACAAGUGACAAGUUGCAUUGGUUCUGUGAAUUUUGCUUCACAGAGAAAGUAUGCUAGUCGACUACUGAAGGUCUUUCGCCACAUAAGUUUCUUUGGAAGUAGGAAACCAAAGAGAAAGUCAGGUGCUGUUGGCUUAUGGUCAAAGUCAAUGUAGCGAAAUAAUUAUCAGCCCAAUAUGUAUGAAAAUCAAAACCAGACAAUGAACAAAGGCCAAAGUUGCUCCUUUCUGGGAUUUAUUUGAGAAGAAGAAAAGAUGUUAUUUACAUACAACUAGAGCUUAAUAUAUAUGACUAGAAGUAAACAAUAACAAUCAAUAAUUUCUGUAUACAUAC